GCAAGACUUAUAAGCCGUACAGGGGAGCUGCCUCAACCGCAUUUACUCUUUCCCCAAGGACCACUUUGCAUUUCUUCCUUCCACCAUUUGCAUUCCCACCUGGUGUCCUGUUCCACGCUGACAUUGCCACUAUCGACAAUCAUCUACAACAAGACGUUUUUGACGACUUGCAAGCAUAUUGUGUAGCCUCAAGCAGCGUACACGCGCCCCGCGCAAAGCUCUUCACAACACAACGCGCCUGAAAAUCAAAUAACCAACACAAUGGCGCUGCAAACUUCGUACAAGCAGUUUCUCGCUGCGCCCAAUUCAUCGCUGCUCAAUCCCGAUGCCACCCUCCACUAUAUCACGACGACUACGAGCUUCAAGGGCGCAACAGAAAUCAUCAAACACUUCAGCACCUCGCGCAAUCAGGUCAAGAAGAAGAGGGAGGAGUUCCUCGGUGUUAUUGAAGGCCAGAAUGCUGCUGCAUUCGAGGUCGACACCGUUCUCGAGUUUGUCACCAGCGGGGGACCCUACCUGCCUGGACUCGAUGACAACUUUCUGUCCGACCGCACCGUCUACUUGCUUGUUAUGCACAUUGUCACAUUCGAUGCCGACGGCAAAAUCCUACAGAUACGCGAGAAUUGGGACCAAGCCGCUCUGCUCAAGCAGCUCGACAUCAUUGGCAAAACUGGUCGCAACUGGCCCAUUCGCGACAGCAAAGAGCAGAUCAAGAUGAUUGAGAACUGUCUCAAGUCCUCUGGCGAGGGUGACGUGCCCGCUUCUGCAGAUCUUGCGGCGCGCUUGCGAGCAAACUCGAACAACAUUCUACGCGACCCCCAUGCGUCGUUGGCACUGUUCGCUCCGCGCGAGGAAACGGAACAGGCCGCCACCGCUGCUGCCGUCAUCUCCCCUAGAGCUGGAUCUCGACCUCCGCAACGAGCCUUCACUGAUAUCGUUAGCGACGAGCCCCCCGAGGAUGCUGGCUCUUCUAACAGAUCCGAAUCGCCAAGCAAGGGUGUUACGUCCAAGGCAGGUGCCGGGAAGAACUACCAACCCAGCCGUCUAUUCGAGGCUCAAGAAGAGGAGGCCGAGGACGAGGACGAUACGCCCGAGAGGCAAAUUGUUGAACGCGCCUAUCGCCCUAACCCCACCAGGUACGACCACUUUGACUUUGCUGAUGGCUCUGAAGAGCAAGAUGACCCUAUUCCUGGUCCAUCAGCUGCUCCGCAGACAAAGCACGGCAGCCAGUGGUCCUUUGACGAUUUCGUCACUCCCGCCAAAGCUAAACCAACCAGAGUGCUCCAGAAGAGCCACCAAGAUGUUAGACAUUGGGGCACGGAGAACGAUGAGGUCCCAGAGACUCCCGUGCGCAAGCCCGUCGUUGGAAAGCCCCGCCGCGAUGCCGAGCCGCACUUCGAGUUUGUCGACGACGGCACUCCGAAAGGCCCUCGCGUCGAGCGUCCCCAGGGCGCGAAGCACAACAAGGGUCUCGGCUUGUAUAAGAAUAAUGUGUACAGUGAGGGAGAGGAAGAUGACGACGAGACUGCUCCUAGUGCCGGUGACAGCCAAGCCCUGGGCAACAUUACCAACCUGAAGGGUCGGGGCCAGGCCUUAAAAUCUCAGUUUGCCAGGACCGAUGAAUCGCCAGCUCCGAAGCCCCAAGUCAAGCCUAGCGUUGAUGAGGAUCGCAAGAAAGCUGUCAAGACGAUGGACACCAACCGGUCCAGCUAUGAUGAACCUCCAGCGUCCCAGAAAGAAAACCAGCCCACCAAAUCGAAGCCAACUAAACCUGGUGACAAUCGGGGUAUCGCCAUUGGCGGCGACGGCAUGGGUGGCCCCAAGGGUACACAAAGGAACUGGCUGUUUGGCGAGGAUGAGGAGCCCGUCACCAAGUCAGUCCCGGGACGCAAGCAAGGUGGUUCCAGCGCGGGUGGUUUCAGCUGGGACUUCUAGAUGGACUAGCAGAAACCUUCCGGGAUGCGUCGCAAUAAGGUCGCCCUGCGACGAUAACAUGGCUUUCACGACUAUACCCCCAACGUCCAUAUGCCAUGCCACUGACGAGCUCAUGAGUUUCCCUAUGCGGAUCUGCGACUAGGAUAUACUGAGGUAUAGUGUGCUAGUAUCUGCUGUUUCGAUGAAAGAGUUGCUUGUUCGAACACCAAAGAGGACUGGGGAUGGGACUCCAGGGGUGCGGCCGAGCUGAAGUGUAUGCUGAAGUGUACUAUGACACGUCUGAAGUUUGUCUCAUCAAAAUGAAUUGUCCAUAGAUAGUGUUUGAAUAUUCCCCCAAGACUGGCAAGGCAGUCGAAUCAAGUCGAGUCUUGGUUUAAUCAAGGUUUCUUUGUUUGUAAGCAACACCGCACUAUCCACGCAAUUCUGCUUUGAAGUUGAGUGUGCCACUGGGUGACUUCGUCAUCACUAUUACCUGAGAAUCACA